CGCAAAGUCGCUUUAACCCACUAGUUGGCUGAAGCGAUCUGAACGCAGAUGCGUCAAGAUCAUGUGUCUGAGGGAGGAGAAACCUGGUGGAUCGUUACGUUUUGGUCACCUUGGACGGGGGCUACGAUUUCAAUCAUGUCCAUGCUGUGGUUGCUAUUCGAAGUGAUGCUGGUAGUGAAUGGGUUCCAAGGUGACGAAGAUGAGUGGAUUGAUCCGACAGACAUGGUGAACUAUGAUGCUGCAAGUGGUAGAAUGAGAAGACCAUAUCUGACCAGAGAUGGGCAAGAGGAUACUGAGACUAAUAAAGGCACCUCAGAAAUUCAUCAGGACCAAAAUACCUGUCGAGAUUGUGCCGUUUGUGAGAGAAGACGUGAUAGUUUACAGAAGGAGUUGGAAGAAUAUAAAAAAAUAAAAUCAGCUGAGGCAUCAGAGAUCAGUUGCAAUCCUGUUUUCAAAAGAUAUCUGAAUAAACUGCUGCUAGAGACUGAAAAAAUAGGUUUGCCUGAUGAUGAUAAUGAAGUUCAUUAUGAUGCAGAGGUUUACGUUACAAAGCAUGAUGUGACUGAGAUUAAGAAAUUUCUCAAUGGUAAGCCAUGGACGUCUGGUCCUUUGGAUGAUGCACUGAGUAAACUUCUGGUUAAUUUUAAGCAUCAUGAUCCCAUUGCUUGGAAAUGGAAGUUUGAGGACACGUUUGGAGUGGAUCUCUUGACAGUACUUCAGUUUCUGGCCUGCCUAGUUUGUAUUUUUGCAAUUAUUCGUCUGGCAUGGACACCAUUGACACGACCCUAUCGUUUCUUAUUAUUCUGCUUUUUGAUUAGUUUUGGGUGGAAUUGGGUGUUCUUGUACAAGACAGCUUUUGCUAAGCGACAGGCUAAUGUUGCCAAGUUGGAACCUGAUAAACUUGUAUGUGCAGGGGUCCAAAAAAUGGAUUGGAAGGGCAGUCUGUUUGAGUGGUUCAGGCGAACGUGGACUCUGCAGGAUGACCCAUGUGAAAAAUACUAUGAAGCGCUCUUGGUAGAUCCAAUUUGGGAAGUUCCACCAGCCAAGGCCCUGAUGCUUACUAUAACAACACUCAUCACUGAACCAUUGAAGCAUAUUGGGCAACCCAUCAGUCAGUUUUUUCGAGACCUCCUUAAAGACCUUCCAUGGCUAUUGCAGUUUUAUGUGACCCUCGUGGUAGUUGUGUCUGUUAUUGCAAUCUGGUACUUCUGUGUUCAUGCAGCUUUUCGAUAUGGUUUACCUAGAUUCCUUCCAGAUGGUAGUUCACGGCCUCCAAUUGCACACCAUCAUGUGCCAUAUAUAAUGCAAAGCCCCACUCGUGAUACCUUUUACCAAAUGGGAGGAUGUGUGGAUUAUCAGGCUGGGGGGGAUGCUCGACAUGUUCCUGACAUCAGAAAAGAUACCAACGGUGAACAGCCUAGGUGUGCAGUUACACGUCCUGAGAGAGGAAAUAAUACGAAUCAACACGGUGUUGAAGAUGUAAUGAAUUGGGAAAGAGCUGGGGUGUCCAAUAAUGGGAGGGGUGACAACCAGCUACGAAGAAGAAGAGUACCAGGCUCUCAUUGUUCUGGGCACACUUCUGAUGAUCAGCAGCCAAUUAGCAGCACCUUUUUGUCUACUGAACCACAGCCACUUGGAGAAAAUCAACAAAAUGCUGCAAAAACUGUCAUGGAACAUAAUGUUGCUCAUCAGGCUGGAGGGGUUGUUGGACAGAUUGAAGGUGGUGAUUUGCAAAGUAAGAAUAUAACUGGCCUCCCUCCUAGCAACUCCGAUAAUAGAUUGUACAAUGAGAAAAGAGCAGGGGAGAAGGAUGUGCAGAAUACUGGACAAACUCCUGAGGAUCCCUGGACAGCUGACAGGUCCACUAAUGCAGUUCCACAGCAUCCAUCAAACAAGAGUGCCACAGACAUGGAACCUAUUGAUAAAAGGACUCUCCAGGAAGAGAAACUUGAAAAUGAGGAAUCCUUCAUAGAAAAUGUGGGAACACAGGUAUCCUUCUAUAUUUCUUCUGAAGUGAAAAGGGGUUAUUCAUUCUGCCAGAGAAUAGUAUGGUAUGAAGGUUAGUUCCAGCAAAAAUUGUGCUAGAAACUUCCUUCAGCCAAAGAGUUGGGCAGAAAUGUAAGGAAAGUAAAGAUACGUAAAAAGUUUGACAGUGUGCCAAUAGGAAAAACCAUCUGUGGAAAAUUAUGGAGCAAUUCAGGU